UUGCCCCCCGCGAACAUUUCUGCCCGCUUUGUGCCGAAUCUUCCUGGAUGAGUGUGCUCCCGACAACGUACUGGAGGUGACGGCACGAGCAAUCACAUACUACCUAGAUGUUUCAGCAGAAUGCACGCGCAGAAUAAUUGCUAUGGAUGGUGCUGUGAAGGCUAUUUGCAAUAGACUAGUGGUUGCAGAAUUGGCAUCUCGUACAAGCAAGGAUCUCGCAGAACAGUGCAUUAAGGUUUUAGAACUGAUCUGCACUCGAGAGGCCGGAGCAGUUUUUGAGGCAGGUGGACUCAACUGUGUGCUCUCAUUUAUUCGUGAGAAUGGUUGUCGAGUGCACAAGGACACCCUUCACUCUGCCAUGGCUGUCGUUUCUCGAUUGUGCACUAAGAUGGAGCCACAAGACCCCUCCCUCCCCACGUGUGUGGAGGCCCUUUCAACACUCCUCAAACAUGAGGACAGUCAUACCGUUUCACGAGAAGGGGUGUGGAUCCAGCACCCUUAGCAGAUCACGGACUGGUAUCAGAACUUCUCACCAGGCUCUCAAAUGCCGCAGGUCCAGCCACAUCGACUUGUGCUGGACCAGGGACACCCGGUGUCAAUACCACCACCACAACACCCGAAACAAAAUCUUCGGCUUCAGUAUCCACAAUAAUCAGUUUGUUAUCAACCUUGUGUCGAGGUUCUCCAAGUAUCACCCAUGAUCUCUUGCGGUCAGAACUGCCAGAUGCUAUAGAGAAGGCUCUGAAAGGGGAUGAAAGGUGUUCUCUAGACUCAAUGCGGUUGGUAGAUCUCCUUCUAGUGCUGUUGUUUGAAGGUCGUAAAGCUCUGUCACGCACCGGUAUGGGCUGUGUAGGAGCAGGUCAGUUGAUACCAAGAUUCCGUCGUAUGGAGAGUGCCGGAGAGAAGUCACACCGACAGCUUAUUGAUUGCAUUCGCAGCAAAGAUACCGAUGCUCUGGUGGAGGCUAUAGACAGUGGAGGGAUUGAAGUAAAUUUCAUGGAUGAUGUAGGCCAGACACUACUGAACUGGGCGUCUGCAUUUGGAACUCAGGAGAUGGUCGAGUUUCUGUGCGAUAGAGGACAGCGUUCAUCGUCACUCCACUAUGCAGCUUGUUUUGGUCGCCCAGCAAUCGCAAAAGUGCUGCUUCGUCAUGGUGCAAAUCCGGAUCUGCGUGACGAAGAUGGGAAGACUCCAUUGGACAAGGCAAGGGAAAGAAUUGACGAGGGUCACCGUGAAGUAGCAGCCAUUCUUCAAUCUCCAGGGGAGUGGAUGAUACCGGCUGAGAAGGAGAAGAAAACUGAUGCUGUGGAGUCAGAUGAUAGCGGAGAACCCAAGGGAGAUCCAGAGAUGGCACCUGUUUAUCUACGUCGCCUACUUCCUGUCUUCUGUAACACUUUCCAGUCUACCAUGUUGGCAUCCAUCAGGAAAGCAAGUCUUAAUCUAAUAAAGAAAAUGGUGCAUUACAUCCAGCCGUCUUUGCUUGUGGAAGCAUGCAGCCCAGAGUCUCCUACAUACAACUUUGGCACGAUGCUUGUCGAAGUAAUUGCAACAGUGCUGGACAAUGAGGAGGAUGAAGAUGGCCACCUAGUGGUGCUGCAGAUAAUUCAGGAUCUCAUGACUAAGGCACAGGAUAUCUUCCUGGACCACUUUGCUCGAUUGGGUGUAUUUUCAAAAGUGCUGCAGUUGGCGGGACCUCAGGAUAGCCAAGAGUCACAAAGCAACAAGAAAGAUGAAAAUGAAGAAAAUGAGCAGGAACCAUUGCUAGACGAUGCUAACGACAUGUUACCUGGUAAAGCUUACCACUGGCGAGACUGGUGCAUAUGUCGCGGCCGUGACUGUCUCUACAUCUGGUCAGAUGCAGCAGCCCUUGAGCUGUCUAAUGGUAGCAAUGGAUGGUUUAGAUUUAUUCUUGACGGGAAGCUCGCGACGAUGUACUCGAGUGGAAGCCCAGAAGGAGGAACGGAUAGCUCAGGGAAAGGAAGAAAUACAGAAACUCUUACCACAGAAGAAAACCGAGGAGAGUUCUUAGAAAAACUCCAGCGAGCUCGGGCACAAGUAAAACCCAACACCCCUAGUCAGCCAAUUCUCUCUCGCCCUGGCCCAGCUAGACUAGUCGUGGGAAACUGGGCGCUGGCGAGUCGCAAAGAUGGAGAGCUACAUAUCCACAACUCUGAUGGACAGCAGCAAGCAACAAUUUUGCGUGAGGAUCUCCCUGGAUUCAUAUUUGAAUCUAAUCGUGGUACGAAACACUCUUUCACUGCUGAGACUUCAUUAGGACCAGAGUUUGCAGCUGGAUGGACUGGUAAACGUGGCAAGCGGCUCCGUUCCAAGAUAGAAGCCAUGAAGCAAAAGGUGAAAGUUCAAGCUCAAGAAAUUUAUGAAAAGUAUUUCAAAGCUGCACAGGCUCAACCUCGAGGAGUUGUCGCCAAACUUGGCAACAUUGUAGCGCAGAUUGAACGGGCCUGCCAGAAACAACACAUGAACAACCGAGAGAGUUUCACUGUGUGGCGUGAAAUCCUGCAAGGAGCCCUCGAAGAGCUGACGCAGCUACUUCAAGAGGAGGGAGUAGUGUCUGCAUACGAACUUCAUAGCAGUGGACUUGUGCAGGCUUUGCUGUCGCUCCUGUCGACCAGCUGUUGGGACGAGGGCUUGCAUAGCAACAAGAGUAGCAAGCUGCAGAAGCAGAGAGUUCGAGUCUUCAAGAGCUGCUUCAAGGAGAAGGAUGGUGAGAGUGGUGGUGUGAAAUCUGCACCUAUUCUGGUGCACAAGCUGGUCUCUGUCCUGGAGUCAAUCGAGAAACUUCCGGUGUAUCUGUACGAUACCCCAGGCUCUGGAUAUGGCUUGCAGAUCUUGACCAGACGGUUAAGGUUCAGGCUAGAAAAGGCUGAAGGUUGUUCGUUAAUAGACCGCACAGGUCGCAGCCUUAAGAUGGAACCUCUCAGCACUGUCGCACAGUUGGAACGUUACUUAUUGAAGAUGGUAGCAAAACAGUGGUAUGACUAUGAACGCUCAACGUUUGCCUUCGUGCGAAAAUUGAAAGAAGGACAGAAAUUGACGUUCAGGCAUCAGCACGACUUUGAUGAAAAUGGGAUAAUUUAUUGGAUAGGGACCAAUGCAAAAACUUCACCUGAAUGGGUCAAUCCAGGACAAUAUGGACUGGUGAUGGUAACGUCCUCCGAUGGCCGCAACUUACCCUAUGGACGCUUGGAGGACAUCUUAAGCCGUGAUUCGUCUGCACUGAAUUGUCACACAAAUGACGACAAGAGGGCAUGGUUUGCCAUUGAUCUUGGGCUGUGGGUGUUACCAAGCUCGUACACACUGAGGCACGCUAGAGGAUACGGACGGUCAGCUCUCCGGAACUGGCUGUUCCAGGUUUCAAAAGAUGGUCUGAACUGGACCACGCUUUACACUCAUGUAGACGACGGCUCCUUAAACGAACCAGGAAGUACCUCGUCUUGGCCAUUAGAACCUCCAACAGAGGAAGCUCAGGGUUGGCGUCACAUUCGCCUGCAGCAGACUGGGAAGAAUGCUUCCGGACAAACACACUACCUCAGCCUCUCUGGCUUCGAGAUCUAUGGCACCGUGACGGGAGUCUGCGAAGAUCUAGUGUUCCAUUCUCCACCUGCAGGAAAAGCUGCAAAGGAGGCAGAGGCAAACCUGCGGCGGCAAAGGCGACUUCUGCGCACGCAGGUGCUGAAACAUCUGUUAGUUGGUGCUCGUGUUGUGCGUGGACUAGACUGGAAGUGGCGGGAUCAGGACGGGAACCCGCCAGGCGAGGGCACUGUGACUGGAGAACUUCAUAAUGGCUGGAUUGAUGUAACGUGGGAUCAUGGAGGUUCCAAUUCAUACCGAAUGGGAGCGGAGGGGAAAUAUGACCUUAAAUUGGCUGCAGGAUAUGACACUAGCAGCGGUUCAGAGGCAGUAGCACCUGGGACAUCUGUUGGGACCGGAAAGUCAUCUGGGGGUUCAUCUGGCAAAGGUAGCAAAAACAUUGCAGAUUCAACAAAGAGUGGGGGCACCAGUGUACUGACAAGUCGAAAGUCAAGCUCUACUCCUAGUCUACCUGAUGCAACUGAGAACCAUUCCAAAACAUCGGUAGCUAGCACCGAGCAAGCAGCAUCCGCAGAUAACCUCGCUGCCAAGCAAGCUGCAGAAGCAAUCGCUGAGAGUGUUCUGUCAGUGGCACGAGCUGAAGCGAUAGUUGCAGUGACGGGAGAGAGCCAGUCUUCAUCUACACCCGCAGGAGAGCUCUCGGUUGUGGUGCAUGCAUUACGAGAUCCACACACUGACCUGUCUGCAAUUUCAUCUUCGGCUGCCAGUGACCUUGCUACUAUUGUAGAGACAUUAGCGCUUGGUGAAUCAACCAGGAUUAAUAUUGGUUCCACAAGCAACCAACUGAGGCGGCAGAUGAGUUGCAGUGAGGAAACAAACUCAUCUUGUGGUAGAAACAAGAUAUCAGCCUCUGGGAAUACUUCAAACGUUGAAGCUACAAAAACGAAUCAGUCAUCGUCCGGUUCCACCACUAUGAACAAGACAUAUGGCUCAUCUCGUGCGAAUAAGGUGCAGCUGUCCUCCGCGACAGACCCGCACUCUGUUUUGUCUGUGGAAGCUGUAGAGGUGUUGGAUAAGAUGAGAGAAGGUGCCGACUUGCUACGCAACAACACCAAUAGCUUCUUGUCAGGAGAAUUACUACCCACUUCUCUUUUGGUUGGGACCGGCCAGCAGCCAUCUUCUGCUGCAUCCAUAGGACUAAUGGCCGCCACAUUAGCUCCAUCAGUUCGUAUUAGCGUGACCGGAGGACAAGAGAGUUCAGACUCGGUCAUGAAUGAGAAAGGAUUACGCAUCAAGAACAGACAGCCCCCAGCUGCAGUGACCGAGAUUAAGAGAGACAAGGAGUGCGAGGAAGAGCCAAGUGGAGGUUCCGUGGUCGUAUCAAACGCAAUGAGCGUGAGUGUUCCGAACUUGACGUCAGCAGCUGGGACCAACACGAUGGAAACAUCAGCUACUGCAGGACUGCUUGAGACGUUCGCCACGAUGGCACGUCGCCGCACUCUUGGUGCUGUGACAGGUGGUGCUGGCGGCACUGGUGGGGGUGGUACGGGAUCUGGUGCAGGCAAUGCCGGCAGUGGAGGUGGAGGGAGCAUUCCAUCCCCAUCGUGCACAACACCUUCUCCAUCGCCGUCUCCCGGGAGCUCGCUCUUCCCCCGUGGUCCCAGCUCUGUCUCCAGUCUUGUCCGGCUUGCGCUGUCCUCCAAUUUUCCAGGUGGCUUGCUGAGCACAGCACAGAGCUACCCCAGCCUCACUACGAGUGGACCUACUGGCACAGGUUCAGGUGGAAUCUCAACAACAGCAGGCACUGGGCCUUGCCUUAGCCAGGCACUCACAAUGAGCCUCACAUCCACAUCCAGCGACAGUGAGCAGGAUUUCCUGGACAGCUGUCGUGCCCCAACAUUGUUGGCUGAACUGGAAGAUGAUGAUGAAAUGCCUGGACCAGAUGAUGAUGAAAUGCCUGGACCAGAUGAUGAUGAAAAUGAUGAUGAUGAGAAUGAGGAUGAUGAUGAUUAUGAAGAGGUCAUGGUUAGCAGAAAUUUACUAUCAUUUAUGGAGGAGGAAGGGUACGAGGUACGAAAUGGGAAACGCCGCAGCUGGGAUGAUGAAUAUGUUCUAAAGAGACAGUUCUCGGCACUGAUUCCGGCAUUCGAUCCGCGCCCAGGCCGAACAAAUGUAAACCAAACAACAGAUCUCGAAGUGCCCCCUCCUGGAGCAGAUGACAGAGGCAACAGUCAGGAAGUGGAUCUCAUGCCGCAGCCGAAGCUACACCUUGUGCUGCGAGGACCAAACCUACCAGGGGUACAGGAUGUUGAAGUGGAACUGAAUGAUCCAAACUGGACAAUAUUUCGUGCAGUCCAACAGUUGGUACAACUGGCGGACCUUGGCAGUCGGCAAGAAAAGCUACGCCGUAUCUGGGAACCAACCUACACGAUUGUAUAUCGUGAGGUGAAGGAAGAAGAAGGCUCUGGCCAUGAGGUGGGUGGGGAGAGCACCCCUGUGAUAACACUUUAUUCCCGAGGCUCAAGGGAUGCGGGUACCCUGUCGAGCACAACAUCCCCCUCCACCCCUAUUCCUGGAACCCCUUCAAUGUCGUGCACUGUGGAGGAUGUGCUACAGCUGCUGAGACACCUAUUCGUUAUCAGCACAUUCCGAGACGAUGCUCAAAACGCAGCAGAUGAUAUGGAGAGUGAUGGGGAAUUGUCACCAGAAGAGUUCACAAGCAAGAAGAUCACAAACAAACUGCUUCAGCAGAUACAGGACCCCUUGGUGUUAUCAUCUGGUGCAUUGCCAAGCUGGUGCGAGGAGCUUAAUCAUUCAUGUCCAUUCCUGUUCCCCUUCGAGACCCGGCAGCUUUUCUUCAAUUGCACGGCAUUUGGUGCCUCCAGGUCAAUUGUGUGGCUACAAACACAGCGUGAUGUAACUCUGGAACGACAGCGAGCGCCUGGCCUUUCACCCCGAAGGGAGGACCCUCACGAGUUUAGAGUCGGACGUUUGAAACAUGAACGUGUGAAAGUUCCUCGUGGGGAGCAGUUGCUGGACUGGGCCAUGCAGGUCAUGAGGAUACAUGCAGACAGGAAGAGCAUUUUGGAGGUUGAAUUCCAAGGAGAGGAGGGCACAGGACUCGGGCCAACGCUAGAGUUUUAUGCUUUGGUAGCAGCAGAAUUGCAGCGACGGGAUCUGGGCAUGUGGCUAUGUGACGAUGAUGAGCAGACUGAAACAGAUGGCUCUGACGUUCCACUGGACCUGGGUGAGGGUAUGAAACCGCCUGGCUACUAUGUUCGACGGCCAUCAGGCCUUUUCCCAGCACCCCUGCCACAAGAAUCUCCUGCCUGUGAUAAAGCCGUGAAGUAUUUCUGGUUUCUCGGUGUAUUCCUAGCGAAGGUGCUGCAAGAUAAUCGUCUGGUGGAUCUUCCUCUCUCACAGCCAUUCCUGAAGCUCAUGUGCCAUGGGGAAAUUCAGAACAACAUCAAUGAAAGAAUUGGUCUUCUUCCCGGUUCCCGUCGCGCUAAUGUGGCAGAAGAAGACGUAAUGAUGUCAUCUUACAUUUCUGAGGAAAGUGAAAAAGAACUGGAAUUAGACCCACCAAAGCUAAACCCAGAGGACUCCAAACCUUGGUUCAGUGGCAUCCUUGGCAGUGAGGAUCUCAUAGAAGUCGAUCCAGUGCGGGGACGUUUCCUGCACCAGCUGCAGGAGCUGGUAGCCCGCAAGGCACGCAUCGCUCAAGACAACACGCUGUCUUGUGAAACACGUGCUCAUCAGAUCCAGAAUCUGGCUCUAGUCCCAUCAUCUGGCCCAGUCGUUAGGCUUGAAGACUUGGCCAUCACCUUUACAUACCUGCCAUCCUCACGAGUGUUCGGUUACACAGCGGCCGACCUCGCUGAUGGCGGUGCUGACAUGGAAGUGACUUUAGACAAUGUGGAGGAAUAUGGUGACCUCACCAUGGCAUUCUGCCUUGAGAAAGGGAUUGCUCGCCAGCUGGAAUCGUUCCAUGCUGGGUUUUAUCGAGUGUUUCCAAUGGACAAGUUAAGAGCAUUCAGCCCUGAGGAAGUUCGCGUGAUGCUGUGCGGAGACCAGAACCCACAGUGGUCACGUGAGGACUUGCUCAAUUACACGGAACCCAAGUUGGGUUAUACACGAGACAGUCCCGGUUUCCAGCGAUUUGUGAACGUCUUGGUCAACAUGUCUGCAGAGGAACGGAAGGCAUUCCUACAGUUCACAACUGGUUGUUCAUCACUGCCACCAGGUGGACUCGCAAACCUGUACCCUCGAUUGACUGUAGUGCGCAAAGUGGAUGCAGGAGAAGGGAGUUACCCCUCAGUGAACACUUGUGUCCACUACCUGAAACUGCCAGACUACCCCACAGAGGAUUUGUUACGAGAACGGUUAUUGGCAGCCACUCGAGAAAAAGGCUUCCAUCUUAACUAAGAUUUGCUGGUUUAUUGGUACAAAAGAUGAAGACUUAUAACAAGCAGAAUGUUGUCUAUGAUAUAUUAAAGUCAUUUGCUUGUUGGUCAGUGUGACUGCAAACAGGGGAAUUAGGUUUCAGCAGCCAAGCAGUAUGGAUUGAAAUCUGUACGUGAUGGUGAAGCCAUCUCCCUUUCAAACAGGUAUCAUUUGACCAAACCUUUGCUUAUAAGAAAACCAAACUCCUUCAGCAUUUUAUGUACUUUUUGAAACGAAAAUGAAGUUGCACUCACUCAAAAAAUAAAAUAAAAUAAAAAGCAACUUAUCUCCAUUAUUCUUGGAUAGGGGAACUGUUGCUUCAGUGUGUUUCAGGCCAGUGUUAGUCAUACCCUCAUGACACUGUGCAGAGGGCUAUAUAUCAAAUCUUAUUUCGUUACCACUACAUAUAUAUAAUGUUUUAUAUAUAUAUAAUUUUUCCCCCCUUUUUCUUUUGCAUAGAUCCAAGAAACAAUGCAGUAGUGUACUGUAUGUAGCUGUAUGUCAUAACCAGUGUAGUUGUUCUACUGUUCAAUGAACUCGAAGAAUAAUCCAGAAACUACUGAAAUACAAUUUUUUUAAAUUUUAAUAAAGUUGUGUGUGAUUAUCACAAAACAUGCACACAGAGGUGGAUAAAAAAUAGAUGUAGCGUAACUAAGCAGGAUUAUAUGUGAAUUGCCGAAUGUUGGGUUGAUUCUUAGCUGAUCCAGCAGAUCUUAAUUGUCAUGCUCUCAAUUUGAACAUUGAACUCUUGCUUGAUUUCAGUUUGACGUCACAAGAUGGAACAGCUUCUAGUUUCUAGAAAUGCUUUAACCAAUAUGUGUUGUAGGUAGCACCAGUUUUGUUUUGUGCAACUUUCAUGGGCAAGGUAAAGGAGUCUUGGUUUUGUGGGUGAUGAAAGGAAGGCUGCGUUAUUUCUUUAUAUGUGCCUUUUUGCACAACAGCAGAAAAGGAAGCAAAGUGCAGACACUGUGCAAGCAAACGGGAUUAUUGCAAGGAAGAAUGUUUUCCUGUGGAUAACCAGAUGGUUGUAAAUAUAUAUCACUGUGACAGUCUGAUUUUGAGAAGGAACAGAAGACUUUAGUUUGCCUAAUUCAGGGUGGGGUUGUGUGCGUGUGAGUGUGUGUGUUAUGAGGAUACAUGUUACCUUCUGUGAGAAAAAUGAUAUUUCUCGGACUAGUGAAAGAUUAUAGAACUGAGAAAGAAAGGCUUCUAGUAAUGAGAUGUUUUGUGAUUCUAUGUUCUGAUGCUCACUUCAGUAUCAAUAAAAUAUAAAUAAGGUAAUA